AUGGCAAACGCGACCGAAAAUGGAAUCGAUCUGGAAUGUUUUCUCGUGACGAAACACUCGUGGAAGGGCAAAUACAAGCGCAUCCUGUCGAUCGGAUCGACCGGCGUUGCGACGUACAAUCCGGACAAGUUCGAUGUCACCAACCGGUGGCCGUACGGUGAGGUAAUCAGCGUACUACCAAACCGAUCUGGUAAUACGGCGUAUGAGUUUGUGCUAAAUCUGCGGAAGGACAAAAAGAUUGACACGAUCAAGCUAUCAUCUGAAAACCGCAACGAGAUACUCACAUCGUUGCUGAAAUACCACAAAGAGUUUGCUGAGAAACCGAAACAAACACUGGAUGAGGUAGAAAAUCCUGUCGAGUCGUUCUAUUCGUCAUCUUCUUUCCCAUCGUCAGCUUCAUUGCAUUCCACCAUCAACACUCCGGCAGCCUCCGGCGAACAGACCGGCGGUGGCAGCAAGAGCGUUGAGUGGACGUGGUGGUUAAAGGCAAUUGUCGCAACAUUUCUACCGCUGACACCACCGGUUCUGCCAUGUUUGCCGUGCUGCACGGUGCUAAAAAAAUACAAUGCCUACAAACACCAUUGGUCCGGAACGACGCUACCGACAGUGCUGGAAGUAACGCCCGGUUCGCUGGAUCAACUUGAUCCCACCACCAGCACGGUGCUGGCCAGCUACAACUACAAAGACAUCGAUGGAAUCAUCGGCAUACAGGAUUACCCGAACGGGAUCGUAUUAGCGUACGGUGGGCACAGCCGGUUGCAUCUGUUUCGAGUCGAAAACAAUCACGAAAUUGUGCAAAUGAUCGUACAGAACGCGCAACAGUAUCUCGGCAUCGACAUCAAGGUGCUGAAGAAACAAAUCUCGCUCGAACAGUUCGAGCAGCAACGGUUCGGUGCGUACAGUGGUGAUCAGCAUCAAACGUCCCUGUCGGAGUUUACCGUGCAGAAGAUCACGCCACGCCAUUCGGAACCGAUGCGACGCAUUCUGUGCCUCACCGAUACGACCCUGCUCGAGCGUGAUCCGCAAACGUACAGCAUCUGUACGUUACGGCCGCUGGACAAUAUUUACGCGCUCGUGCGGCACGCGGACAAUAUACAAAAGUUUGCGAUCGAAUAUAAAAAUGGACUGGUACGGUCGUACAUUACGAACGAUCGUGAUUCGUUACUCGCUACGCUGCUGGAUGCGGUACGAUCGUGCGGCAAUCAGGAUGUGCAUGUGCGCAUUUCGAACACACCGCGUGGUAAACGCGUUGGCCCGCUGACGGUAAGCGUGGACGAAGAGACGGAAGCGAAUCUGUUGCGAUACAUCAUCAGCAACUAUCAGUAUCCGGUGAAGCGAAUUGACGUGAUGGAACGCUUCAAUGCGAACAUUCCGUACAGUGGACUGAACUACAGUGUAACGCAAGACAGUCUGUUUGCCGAAAGUAAGGAGCGACUGAUAACGGGUGCACUGCAGGCAUUAAUUGGCAGCAAGGAAGAUAAUGCCCAGCUUAACAACGUUGAGCUGGAAGCAUCGUUUCACGUGCUGCGUCGACUCCUGGCAAGUAAGGUGGGCUUUGCUGCCUUUACGAAUCUCCCCGGAUUUCGGGAAGCAAUCGGGUUAAAGGUUGUACAUGCCCUCAAGCGCAACGAUCUGGCCGUUACGUAUGCUGCCAUCGAUAUGAUCAACUCGCUCAUGCACUCGGACCACGAUCUGAAGCAGGAGCAGCUAAACAAAUCGUCCCUGCUGCACACGAAAGCUUUUCUCGAGCAGCUGCUUGAUAUGUGGAGCAAACACGUGAACCUUGGCAGUGGUGCGCUCGUCCUAUCGGCAAUGUUGGACUUCCUGACCUUUGCCUUAUGCGUCCCGUACAGCGAAACGACCGAUGGGAAGCAGUUCGAUCUGCUGCUCGAAAUGGUUGCAUCGCGAGGCCGAACGUUGUACAAACUGUUCCAGCAUCCUUCGCUGGCAAUUGUAAAGGGUAGUGGGUUGGUUAUGCGUGCCUUAAUUGAAGAGGGCGAUACGGCCAUUUCUACCCAGAUGCAAACACUCGCGCUGGACGAGGCAGCCCUAUGCCGGCAUUUGCUGGUGGCACUAUACACACCCGCAAACGAUUCCACGAUGAUUACCCAUCGGCAGCUGUCGAGACAUUUGGUUGGACUGUGGAUAACGGACAGUGAUGAUGCGAUGAAUCUGCUGAAACGAAUUUUCCCCGCCGGAUUGCUAUCAUUCCUAGAAAGCGAAGACCCCGUCCCGAAGGAAGACAUCGAGGAGGAUAAGCUAAACUUUCGCGACAACCUCAAGCUAGCGGUACAGCAUGCAGGCGCAAACAACACCAGCAAACAGCGCCUAAACUACUUAAUCGAGAAGCAUCUGGAGGGCAUUAAGCAUUGGGGCAUGAAUUUGCUUGACGUGCGGCAGGAAAAAUUGCAACAAACGCAAAAGAAUCGUCCGAUCGUGUUGCGCAAUCGAAGGCAGAAGAAAAAGGUCGGCGAGCAGGUGGUUAAUUUGCCACUGUUUUUCUAUCAGUUUGGAAAGACACAUGCGAUGCCGAACUUGAUCUGGAAUCAUAAGACGCGGGAGGAGUUGCGAUCAGCACUGGAGAAUGAGCUGCGACAGUUUACGGCCGACAAGGAUCUGGCCGGUGGUAUGCUGGUGGCGUGGAACUAUGAUGAGUUUGAGGUGCAGUAUCAGUGUUUGGCGGACGAGAUUAAGAUUGGAGAUUAUUACAUUCGGUUGCUGCUAGAGCGGGACGAUUGGCCCCAGAAUUUGGUAAAAAAUCCCAUUGAGCUGUUCAACGCAUUGUAUCGAAGAGUGCUGUGCCGGAAUCGGUUGAAUGAUGAUCAUCUUACGGUAACAUCGUUGCAAGCGCUUGCCAAAGUGUACAAACGGUACUACGAGGAGAUUGGUUACUUUAGUGAUAUGCCGUAUAUACUGCAAAUGUUAGAUAGGUGUCUUUCUCCAGCGCUACGUGACGCUUUGAUCAUUCUAAUAAAGAACCUAGUACUGCACAAAUCCAACUGUCGUCCGCUGACUGAUCACGUCAACUAUCUGGUCGAUCUGAUCACACUAGCCCACCUGCACAAAGGGCGCGCAACGUUAAACACCAAAACGAACGUCAUCGAGGCCGGCCCGAACAUGAAACUGCACGAGGAGAAAGACUGGUACUACAAUGUGGAGCGUGAAAAUGAAAAGCCGGAACGUUGUGGGCCGGUUACGUUCUCCGAGGUAAAAGAGCUCUGGUCGAAAGGCGUGCUAACGCCUCGAACACGAUGCUGGGCGGUCGGUAUGGAUGGAUGGCGUUCGUUGCAACAAAUACCUCAGCUAAAGUGGUGCCUAAUGGCAAAAGGCACACCACUGUUCAAUGAAACCGAGCUAGCACAACACGUGCUCGAUAUCCUCAACAAAUGCACUAGCUUUUUCCCAAGUCGUGCACGGGACGGUGAAGCGGUCCUUAUACCGGGGCCACGCUUGUCCCGCAAGCUGUCCGAAUUUAUCUGUCUGCCGCACAUAGUGCAGGUAUGUCUAACGCACGACCCGGGUCUGUUGGAGCGUGUAGCAACCUUGCUGUGCCAGAUCAUGGAGGAUAAUCCGGAAAUGUCGAAGGUGUACCUGACCGGAGUGUUCUAUUUCAUGCUUAUGUACACCGGGAGCAACAUUCUCCCGAUUGCACGCUUCUUGAAGAUGACACACAUGAAACAAGCGUUCCGCAGCGAGGAGGCUAACUCACAGUCGGGCAUUAUGCAUCGAAGCAUACUGGGACAGCUACUGCCGGAAGCGAUGAUCUGCUUCCUAGAGAAUCAUAGUGCGGAAAAGUUUGCAGAAACGUUCCUGGGCGAAUUUGAUACACCCGAAGUGAUCUGGAGUUCGGAAAUGAGGCGCAUGUUGAUUGAAAAGAUUUCGGCCCAUAUAGCGGACUUUACACCGAAGCUGAAGGGGCACACGAUGGCUCGGUAUCCGUACUUGGCAAUUCCGGUGAUUAGCUAUCCGCAGCUGGAGAAUGAACUGUUCUGCCAUAUCUUCUAUCUGCGGCAUCUGUGCGAUACGGCGAAGUUCCCCAACUGGCCCAUACCUGAUCCGGUACAAUUGCUGAAACAUACGUUGGAUGCGUGGCGUAAGGAGGUUGAAAAGAAACCGUCCGAAAUGACCGUACAACAGGCGUACCUUGAUCUGGACUUUGAUGUCAGCAAAAAUCGUCACCCAGAGGAAUCGGCCAUACGGAAAGCUUAUUACCGGCUGGCGCAGAUAUACCAUCCGGACAAAAAUCCGAACGGAAGGGAAGUAUUCGAGCGUGUUAACCGUGCCUACGAGUUCCUGUGCUCCCGAAACGCACUCAACACCGAUGGACCGAAUCCGAGCAAUAUUGUGCUAAUUCUUCGCACGCAGUCGAUUCUGUUCGAGCGCUACUCAGAAGAGCUUCGGCCAUACAAAUACGCUGGCUAUCCACAGCUCAUCAAGACAAUACGGUUGGAAACGAAGGACGAUCAGCUGUUCUCCAAAACGGUACCAUUGCUCAGUGCCGCAUCGGAGCUGUGCUAUCACACGGUCCACUGUUCUGCGCUCAAUGCGGAGGAACUGCGGCGCGAAGAGGGCAUCGAAGCGUUGCUGGAUGCUUACUCACGCUGCGUCUCUAUUAUGGGUGUCGAUUCGAAGCGUGACUCACUGCAUUACGAGGUGAUAUCGAACAUAACGCGCUGUUUCGAUGUGGCCUGCUGCUUUGACAGCUGUCGGAAGAAGAUUCUCGAGUUGCCGCAGCUGAUUGCAGAUGUGUGCCGGGUCGUUUACUUUAAACAUUCGCUAUCGGUUAGUCUGGUGACGAGUUUGGCGGUAAACAACGUUGAGCUGCAAUGUAAUCUCGUGCGCAACGGUGUGCUUUGGUCGUUGAUGCUGUUCUUGUUCGAUUAUGAUUUUACGCUGGAUGAAAGUGGCGUAACGUCGGAGGAAAAAUCAAACACCCAACAGGUUGCAAAUAAUCUUGCCAAACUGUCGCUGCUGGCCUGUGUUGCGCUGGCCGGCUACAGCAUGACACUGGUGGAUGAUCCAAAGGCAGCCGUACUGAGGGCAACUACCGGUCUAAAGACAAACAGUAGCAGCAGUAGUCCUACGAUUUUGCGCAGUGAUUCACCGCUCACUGUUGCGACACGGCAAGCGAGCCAAACCUAUUCGCAGAAUGCAUCGAAUUUAAUACAAAACAACUCGAGCUUGAUACAAUCGGUAGCCAACAUUGAUAAGGUACUGCAGGAAAAGAAAAGCAAUGAUUCGGCCGUUGUUGUAGCCGGGGAAGAGACCGAACAGCUGGUUGAGUGUGAAAAAGGUCUGCAGAACAAGAAGUACAAAAUCAGUAAUGUUCAGCCACCGGCCAAUGGGGUAGUGAAGCACAUACUGGAUCAGUUGCUCACACCGUACGUGGCUGGCAAGAUGGUAACAGACAGUGAGAAGAACGUGCUGAAGAUGUUGAACUCGAAUACGCGCAAUCCGUAUCUCAUCUGGGACAAUGGAACCCGGGCUCAGUUGACAGACUUUCUCGAGCAUCAGCGUACGGUUGCGGCAAAAGAACAGUACGAAGAUGUGUCGGAAAUCAGUGAGCUUGUGAAAAGUUUCUCGUACGAUGCACACCGAGACGAGCUUAAGAUUGGUGGAAUUUUCAUCCGUGUCUAUAACGAAAUGCCUACGUACACGAUCACGAACCCCAAGAGUUUCGUUAUUGAUUUGUUGGAAUUUCUCAAGCAAGGCUACAACCAUCUGCACGGUGCACCAGUUGCCCCAAGCCCAAGUGCCAAUCCACCUUUACCAACAACGGGUGGAAUAUUGGUCCCAACGAAAGCCUGGAAACCGAUGGUAGCACAACCGCCUGCAUCAAAGCGAUCGGUUGGCAUCCAAUCACCAGCAACUACUCCCGGUAACAGUGAUAUCAGUGCGGUGCUAAGCGAAUAUGCUCGUUCGAAGCAACGCAAUCAACUGGAAUGCUUAGCCGGUAGUAUGGAAUCGGGUUCCUCCCAACGGUAUCAUUUCGCCAAUAAUCCGCACGCCAUAAAGCACCUGCUAAUGGCCCUGCAAGCCCUCAUUUCGGUAAUCAAAUCGAACACGAACGUAGAAAUCCAAUGCAUAGGGUAUUUUGAGAUGCUGUUCGGGUUACUGUCGACGAACGAAUGGGGACAAGACAAUCGUACCAUCAAAACGCUCGCCCUCGAGGUUGUCUGUCUGGUGUCACGAAACAAGGAGUGCGUUACGGAAAUUGCAGCCUGCGAGAUCGUUGGUCGUUACCUAAUCGUGCUAAAGGAUCCGGAUCUGCGUGAACAUCAACCGCGCGUCCUGGAAACACUGUCCGGACUGCUAAACGUGCCGAAAAUGAUUAAAGAAGCGCACAUGAAAGGUGCCGUUAUCUAUCUGCUGGAUCUGUUUUGCAAUUCGAACAAUCCGGCUAUUCGGGAACAGUGUGCGGAACUGCUGGCAAAGAUGAAUGCGGACAAGCUAAGCGGUCCGAAGGUGCGCAUCACAAUGUGCAAGUAUGUGCCGCUCGUUUUUCUGGACGCGAUGAUCGAUUCCACCUCGGUGGCGGUACAGAUGUACGAAUCAACACAUGAACAUCCGGAGCUAAUAUGGAACGACGAGAUCCGUGCCUGUGUAUCCGAUGCGGUGCGUGAUAUGGCGGACAGUUUCCACGUGCAGCAAAAACGUAAUCCUAAGGUAGCGUGGCGUGAUCCAGAGAUACUGCCCGAGUUGCUUUCGAACGAGCUGGUGGUGUCGGGUGUAUAUCUGCGACUGUACGUGUCGAAUCCGGGCUGGACGCUGCGCAAACCGAAACAAUUUCUGGCCGAUUUGCUCGAUUUCAUUGUGGACAGUAUCAGCCGCAGCGGCAUGGAUGCGGAUGUGUUGGAUCUGGCAACGACGGCAUUGGUACUGCUGCUGAACGCUCAGCCGAAUCUAGCCGACACAGUACCGGUGCUGGGGCACAUACCGAAGUUUUUCCGCCAGCUUUCCGUUCAGCCAAAGAGUGCCCUCACAGUAUUGCAUCAGCUUUCCCUUUCGGAGAUUUGUGUCAGCGCCAUCUCUCAGACGGAAUGUAUACCUUCGUUGAAGUCUUGCAUGGAACACCAUCGCGAUCUGACGGCGACUGCCUGCGAAACGUUGAGUCGAUUGUUCAAAUGUCAACAUGACUCACUGAUACGUCAAUCACUAGAGUGUCAAUUAAUUCCUUACCUGGUCGCACUGCUUGACAGUCGGCUCGUGCUGGCAAACAAUCCGGCCAUGGUAAAGGCGCAGAUUGUUGCCGCACUGAAAGCGAUGAGCUCAAACCUCACGUACGGUGAUCGGGUGACGCAUCUGCUCAACCAGUACCCGAUCUGGGCAGAAUACCGUGAUCAGAAGCACGAUCUCUUCAUCACCGAUACCGAUGUGCGCGGAUAUCUAAUGGGUGCACCAAACACAACGGCCGGCUAUCUGACGCAAGGACCGACGAAAAAUGUGGAAGUGCUCACAUCGCCACCACCGAUCGAUCGCGACGAUCCACUGUUUGCGCGCAGUAACAGUAGCAGCGGUGGUAGCGUGUAG